UCGCUACCUUAUGCAAAUGAUACUACCAUGAAGUUUUAAGGUUGGAGGCAGUGUUCUUGGUUUCGCUGUUGAUCUAACUCAAAGUAACCAGAGAGCUGAACUGAUUUCUCGGGUUGUGAGCGAACUUGGUUCACUGGAUUCAUUGGUUGUGGUCCCUCCUUACAACGAUGUUGUGAGUGAACUUGGUUCACUGGAUUCAUUGGUUGUGGUCCCUCCUUACAACGAUGUGCAUGGUGAUAUCUUGGAGACUACUCCGAUGCAGUUUGAUAAGAUAUUCGAUGAACGUCUCACUAUACCAUUCAAACUAACGAAAGCAGCUCUACCAGUUUUGCAAAAGUCAAAGUAA